AUGGACAACAUCGACGAGGAAUAUGACCGGCUUGUCGAACACCUUCACGACUGCGCGAAGAAGGCUGAGAGUUUUAAAACCACCAAGAGGCGUCUGUCUCUUGAAACUCUUGAGCUGAUACGCCAGCGUGGAGCAGCACGAGCCGCAGGGAACCAAGAACUCACGACCGAGCUCGCAAAGCUUUGCCGAGAGGCGAUAAAGGAAGACCUUAAAGAGAGAAGAGCAGAAGUGCUGGCUGAAGCUGCAGAGGCGGGGAAAAGCAUCCGCUAUGCCCGUCGAGACUUCGCCAGUCGCAAGACGAGGAUGACUGCUCUCCGGAACCCAAAGGGAACAGCCAUUGCAUCGAGAAGGGGGAUGGAGAAAAUCAUCUACGACUUCUACUCUGAUCUCUUCGACAGCCAUGUCCACUUGCCUCCUCACCAUCUGAGGGAAGAUGGACAAGUCAUUCCAGAGGUUCUCCCGUCCGAAAUACGACAUGCUAUCAUGUCGGUAAGAAAUCGUACGGCACCCGGUCCCGACAGAAUAAGACCAGAACACCUGAAGAGCCUUCCGCCAGUACUCAUCAACACCCUGGCGAGGCUCUUUACACGUUAUCUGUCGGAAUGCAAGGUUCCUAAACAGUGGAAGACCAGCAAGACCGUGUUGUUGUAUAAAAAGGGAGAUCCACAUGACAUUGGCAACUAUCGCCCAAUCUGCCUACUGUCCGUCAUCUACAAGCUCUUUACAAGAGUAAUCCUUAAUAGGAUUGAAAAAGUCUUGGAUGAAGGACAGCCAUGCGAGCAAGCAGGGUUUCGAAAAGGAUUCAGCACGAUUGACCACAUUCACACUGUUUCGAAACUCAUCAAGAGUACAAGGUGCUGCUCUGUCUCACCUCCAUCGACUUAA